AUGGCUGCUUCGGAGCAGAACUUCUCUGGGGCUCUGGCGACAUGGAAGAAUAUUAAUCUCGCGGAACUACAGAAAACUCUCGAUGCCCAGGGAAUCGAGGUCGUGGAGAACCAGAAGGAGGGCGUUGUAGGGCGGAAGGCAUUGGCAGACCGCACAAGAGAGUUUAAGAAGAGUCCGGACGAGGAGAAGCUCACGGCAAUCAAGGGCUUGCUGAAAGCCUACCAGACCGAGAUAGACAACCUGACGAAGCGUUGCAAGACCGCAGAGAAUGCAUUUCUAAACGUGUACAAAGUCCUAGCGGAAGCUCCAGAUCCAUACCCUCUCCUCGAGGCUGCUGUGGACCAGACGGUGAAAGUCGCGGAGGCGCGCGACUUGGAAGCCGAAUUGCAACGCACUCGCGAAGAGAAUGUUGACUUGCGCAAGCGGCUCAGCGAGACCUCUUCGCUGGAAAGCGCGAAGCGCAAGGCGGAGUCUCGUGUGGAGCAAUUGGAACAGAAGAUGGAUGACCUCAUACAGGAGAAGGUGACACAAAAGGAGAACGAGCUGAACGCCACGUAUGACGAGAAGAUGCGGAACUACGAGGAACGUGAGCAGGACCUCCAGCGCCAGCUUGCCCUGACGAAGAACCAGCUUCGCGACCUCCGGUCUUCUCAUGAGUCGAACCAGGCUAAGCUGCUUGACCACACUCAACGGCAAGAUCAGGAGGUCGUAGCGAAACUCGCAGAACUGGACAUGAUGGUCGCUGACUUGGAACACGCGAACAGUCGUAUAGCCACAGUCGAACGUCGUAACGAGCUCCUUCGCGCCGAGAUCGAGGCGAUGAAAAGCGGCCACGAAGGAACUGCGCGCAUCACGGAGUACGAGACCAAGGUUGCAGAUCUGGAGACCGAGACCGACCGCCUCUCUCAAGCUUUCGAGGCCCAGAAGGCUGCCGCGGAGGAGGCUCAAUCUGCGGCCUCCAAGAAGAUCGACGAGCUUGGGCGGGAGAUUCAGAAGAAGGCGGCCGAGGUCGACCAAUACAAGGCCAAGCUCAAGCAGUAUGCCGACUACGAUGAGAUCAAGCGAGAGCUUGAGAUCAUGAAGUAUGUCGAAUUUGCCGGCCUAGAAGACGACGACGAUGCAGAAGACGACGCGACACUCAAUGGUGAUGCCCUUGGUCUACACUUACCUGACCCCAACGCAGACAAGGCCAACGCCCAGCGGGGCAAACCCCUAGAGGUUCUUCUGGCUACGAAGAACAAGCGCAUACUUGAAGAGCUCACCAAGUUCCGAAUCAUGCACGGCGAGCUUGAGGCUGCGCUCCAGUCCGUCAAAUCGCAAUUGGAGGUAACAGAGUCGGAGCUGGACAAACAAAGAGCCCUAAAUGAGAAGCUCGAGACCGACUUGCUCCAGAUGGACCAGCGAAAAGGUGAUACUGGUGAUCGCGCUUCUUCUGCGAAUGGCACGUCUACACCCGUGGAUGUGCUGGCAAGCCUGGAGCUGGGCAAGAAGGCAGGGGUAAGCUCACCGGCGAGGAGUACACCCAUACCAUUCGCCCCUUCAGCUGAUACCUCAAUCCUACCGAUCGUGACCAGUCAGCGAGAUCGCUUCAGGCAACGCAAUGCAGAGCUCGAAGAAGAGCUGCGGAAGCAGUUCAACAUCAUCUCAGAGCUUCGAGCCGAAGUCAAGAGCCUACAAGCGGACAACCUGAAGCUGUACGAGAAGGUCCGGUACAUGCAGAGCUAUCGCGAAGACUCGUCGACCCGACCAUCAAAGCUUGACCCGUUACCUUCGAACGCUGCUGGCCGUCCUGACGACAUGAGCAAGUAUCGUGCGAGAUAUGAGGAGGCCAUGAACCCUUUCCAAGCCUUCCGCGGCAGAGAAGCGACUCGGGCAUACGAAUCUCUGAACGUCCUAGAGCGAGGCGUGCUCGUGCUGACACGUGCGAUACUAGGUAACCGACGGACUCGGACCGCCUUUAUCUUCUAUGCAUUUGCACUGCAUCUGCUUGUUUUGUUCACACUAUAUGAGUGCAGUACAUCGUCUGGGUCGUCUGUGCAGCGUCCACAGAAACCUUACUAG